AUGGAUGUCAAGGCCAGGUCGAAGGCAAUGCGUGAAAUCCUUAUUCGACUCGUGAAAGUUUUUGGUGACAAAGUCAUAUUAGACGAGGAUGUCGAAAAUUGGCCUAGAUGUGACAUACUGAUUUCCUUUUUUUCCACGGAUUUCCCUCUUGACAAAGCGAUAUCUUACGUCAAACUUCGAAAUCCGUUCUGUAUCAAUGAUCUUGCUCCUCAGGCUUUACUUUGGGACCGUCGGUUAGUUGGCGCAGUACUUGAUCAUCUCAAAGUACCAACUCCAUCUCGCCUUGAGGUCUCCCGAGAUGGUGGCCCAAAGAUCGAUCCCGAGCUAAUCAGCUUGAUGAAACAACGUCAUGGCAUCACGCUUGGAGACUAUCAAGUCACUCCAGAAGUCACACUUCGAGAAGAUGGUGAUGCUAUCAUCAUAGAUGGUAAAGUACUGGAAAAGCCGUUUGUCGAGAAACCUGUGAGUGGAGAGGACCAUAACGUCUAUAUCUACUUCAAGGGAGGCGGCGGACGCCGACUAUUUAGAAAGGUUGGUAACAAAUCCAGCGACUUGGACCCGACGUUAAAUCAUCCUCGAACGGACGGUUCUUAUAUCUACGAGAAAUUUAUCGAUGUCGACAACUCCGAAGAUAUCAAGGUAUACACCGUCGGAAAGGAGUACACGCACGCCGAAACUCGCAAAUCCCCCGUCGUCGAUGGAGUUGUUCGACGGAACACAGAAGGGAAAGAGAUCCGCUUUAUCACGACACUUACUGAAGAAGAGAAGGCUUGGGCCACCAAGAUUUGUGAAGGAUUUGGCCAACGCGUCUGUGGUUUCGACAUGCUCCGCUGUGACAACGGGAAGACAAGUCGUGUCAUCGACGUCAACGGCUGGAGUUUUGUCAAAGGGAAUAACACAUAUUACGAUAAGGCUGCGGAUAUUCUUGCAGCUCUAUGUAUGCGACUAUCUUCAUCACCUGAUCGCGCUCUUCCCGGGGGCGAGAACACGUCUGUGGAAACUCCGACUUGGCUACUGAAGGCGAACGUGACCGUGUAUAGACAUGCCGAUCGUACACCGAAACAGAAACUUAAAUUCAAUUUCCCGAUUGGCGAGCCUUGGACACAACCUUUCGUCACACUUCUGAAUGGAGAGAAGGAAGAAAUUAUUCUUCGGGAGAAAGACCAGCUCAACCUGAUUGCUACCGCUGUUGAGAAAGCCAAGAGACUGGGGGCAGACGGCGAAGAACUAACUAAAUUAACACAGUUGAACAACGCCCUCUUCAGCAAGAUUAAUUUACCUGGAACAAAAGCCCAGCUCAAACCAGUGUACUCCAAACGUCAGGCGGGACAUGUACGAAGACUAACGAAAUUGACGUUGGUAUUCAAAUGGGGCGGGGAGUUCACACACUCUGCUCGCUAUCAAUCGAGAGAUUUGGGCGAGAAUAUGAAGAAGGAUAUUUCCAUCAUGAACAAAGAAGUCUUACAAAACGUAAAGAUCUUCACGUCAUCCGAACGGCGUGUCAUUGCUUCAGCGGAAAUUUUUGCGGCUUCUCUUUAUGACACCCAAUCACCUUCUUACACCAUGAACACCUCUUCCAACUCCAGCUCGCGGUCGUCGACAGAUGGAUCGGCCAACGGCAGCGGGAGCUACAUGAAUUCCCCUCACCCCGAGACACCUCUUACACUCAUUGUGCGAAAGGACCUGCUUGACGAUUCCAAUGCCGCCAAAGAUUUGAUGGAUGAUGUCAAAAAACGUCUCAAGAUCUUGUUACGACCUGGUGAGCCAGAGAAAAGGCCGGAGCUUACUUGGCCCAAGAGCAUGAAGAAAGAACCCGUUGAGGUAGUCAAGGAAGUAAUAGAAUUGCUAGGAUCCUUCAGGGACAUCAUGCGCCGGAAUUUCGAGACUAUGGAUGUUGACAAGAUUCAAGAAAGAUGGUGCUGUGAUGACGAACCGUGGCUAUUCAGAGAAAGAUGGGAAAAGCUGUUUGAAGAUUUUUGUGAUGUUGAACAGAAGAAGUUCGACCCCUCACGGGUCUCAGAGCUUUACGAUACCAUUAAAUAUUGUGCCUUGCACCACAGAACCUUCCUGUUCGCUAUAUUCGACGAGAACGGCCGCCGGGACCCUCUUCAGCCUCACGAUCGUAAAUUACAUGAGCUGUACGGUAGAGCGAAGGCCCUCUUUGAUCUAGUUGCUCCUCAGGAAUACGGCAUAGAUCCAGAUGAGAAAGAAGAAAUCGGCGUUCUGACGUCCUUACCUCUACUUCACAAUGUCGUUCAAGAUUUGGAAGCAGCUCGAAACAAUGGUGGCAGUUCAUUGACACUCUACUUCACUAAAGAAAGCCAUAUUCAUACCUUGGUUAACCUUGUACUGCUCUCCGGUCUCCCCAUUGCCAAUCGCCGUAUCCCAGAGCUAGAUUAUGCUUCUCAUAUUACAUUUGAGUUGUAUGAGCGUAAUCACGGGCGAGGAAAGUCAGACAAAGAGUAUUCUAUCAAGAUCUCUCUAAGCGAAGGUGCACACUCGUCGAAUGUACUAGAUUCGACAUUAGACGCACGGCAUUCCCUGAAUGUCCAAUCACGAAAGAAAUUGACACAACAUCUACCUUAUAGUCUCGUUAUAGAAAAACUGUCUAAACAUUUCCAUAGAUUAAGUGAACUCCAAGAUGAGGACACCGGUCCAGACACGCCCUUUGAAACGGUGGAAGCCCCACCCGCCCUAGACAGCGGGAGUGACGAUGUAUAG